GCCGGGGGCUGGCCGACGGGAUAGGUUGUUCCCGAGGUGGGAGGUGGUAGCGGUCGUUGAGAAGGAGGCCUGAGAUCGACAUGUCCCCGGCGGGUGAGACAGAGCGGCCCGUGGCGCUGUUUCUCUGAGUCCAGGGCGGCCUGGAGGCCGGCUGAGAACGAGGGUUGGAGGAGGCUGCCCCCGCUUUGGUGGCCGCCAUGCUGGGGGCCCGGGCGGUUGAGGGAGCCGCUGUGGCGCUCCUGCGACUGCUGCUGCUGCUGCUGCUGCCGGCUUUCAGCGGGCCGGGGCUCGGCAUGGUUGGCUUGGUGGGAGCCGGGCUGCCCGAGAGCGUUAUUUGGGCAGUCAACGCGGGCGGCGAAGCGCAUGUGGACGUGCACGGGAUCCACUUCCGCAAGGACCCUUUGGAAGGCCGGGUGGGCCGAGCCUCCGACUACGGCAUGAAGCUGCCGAUCCUCCGCUCCAACCCCGAGGACCAGAUCCUGUACCAGACCGAGCGGUACAACGAGGAGACCUUCGGCUACGAAGUGCCCAUCAAGGACGAGGGGGACUACGUGCUGGUGCUGAAGUUCGCCGAGGUCUACUUCGCGCAGUCCCAGCAGAAGGUGUUUGAUGUGCGAUUGAACGGCCACGUGGUGGUGAAGGACCUGGACAUCUUCGAUCGCGUCGGGCACAGCACCGCUCACGAUGAGAUCAUCCCGAUGAGCAUCAGAAAAGGGAAGCUGAGCGUCCAGGGAGAGGUGUCCACCUUCACGGGGAAACUGUACAUCGAGUUUGUCAAGGGGUACUAUGACAAUCCCAAAGUGUGUGCGCUCUACAUCAUGGCCGGGACGGUGGACGAUGUGCCAAAGCUGCAGCCUCAUCCAGGACUGGAGAAGAAGGAAGAGGAAGAGGAGGAAGAAGAGUACGAUGAAGGAUCUAAUCUGAAAAGACAGACCAAUAAGAACCGCGUGCAGUCCGGCCCCCGCACACCCAACCCCUACGCCUCGGACAACAGCAGCCUCAUGUUUCCCAUCCUGGUGGCCUUCGGAGUCUUCAUUCCGACCCUCUUCUGCCUCUGCCGGUUGUGAGCGCAAGUCACCGCCCUGAGCAGGGUGGAGGGGCGUGGGAACGAGACCGGACGCGUUGGUUUGGUUCCUGUCCUUUUCACGGUGAUUAACACAAACAAACUAAAAACACCACAAAAAAAUUAAAGGAGCUAACAAGAGGCAGAGCGCGUGGAGAGCAGCCCUCCUUCGGCACCACUGGGCCCCCAGCCUGCCUCGGCCCGGGCCUCCGCUCGCGGCGGGCCCCGCCGUCUCUUUCCUCUCCGAGGCACCUCGCUCGGGUGGACGGGCCCUCCCUGCUCAAGGACUCUCGUCUGUUUACCUAGUGGAAAGGACUCUGAACUUGGGGCAGACCCCCUUUUUUAGGGUUGAAAUUAACAGCAGGGACACAGUCAUCCUGUUCCCUGAGGAGACCAGCCCUGGGAGUUGGGUGUGUCCUGAACACGUGUCCAGAUGCAUUUCCAGGUGCCCCCGGGAUUGAGAGUGGGCGAGGUCUGCGCGUGCGUGAAGACGUAUACUUUGUAUGAUAGGGAUGAAAACGGAAGGGGUUUUUUUUAAAAAAAGAAAGAAAAGUAGAUACUUUCCUACUUGGAAGCCUUUCUGGUUUUAGCCCAUCGGCGGGUCCAGCUUCCUGUCUGAGCUUUCUGUCGCCACCUAUUUCCCUGGCUUGGGCCGGGGAGGGGGCGGUCUGGCACCCGAGACGGUCAGUGUACGUCAGGCCCUCAGAUCGCCUCCGGCUUGUUACCACAGCAAAUCAUUUUGAUUUCAGUGUUUGUUGGGGACUUAAUUUCUUCUUUCUUUCUUUCUCUCUCUCUUUUUUUUUUUUGUUUUGUUUCUUCAUCUGGCUCAUUUGAAUUCUCUCUCAACCAUCUCACUAAGUAAUUGCCAAGGGAAGACGACAUGAGGACUUAGGAUUCCCUCUGCUUGAAUGUCUUAUCACCUACCACUUCACCUUGACGGUACCUCCCUCCCUGGAGCUCUGAGCCAGCAGCAGGAAGACCUGACCCGAGCAGUUCUCGCACUGGCCCCUUUGCGGGGGCUUGCUGCCAGGGGACAGAGAUGCUUUCCAGCCUGCAGUGACAGAACACUUGACCUUAAGAGUCUCUUCUGGUCUUUGGAUUAGAAAAGGCUUAUGUAAGCAUCCCUUAGGAGCAACCUCAGAGACUUGAACGCUGCGAAGUGACUGACCACUGUUUUAGAAUGUCUAGCGUCUGAUGUUCAUUUACUCCUCUGUCCUUUUAUGUCACGGUUCAGCCAGUUCUGGGUCAUGCCUAGAGCUGCCCCAAGGAGCUAGACUGUCUGUCUGUCCCUGGCCCAGGGACGCGGCUUGCCGGUCUUAACAAUCUGCCCCUCUGUCCUUUCGUUUUCCUCUGCAAGUAGCAGUCAGGUUCUUGGUGUGGCGGGAGGGACAGAGUUCCCGGCCACCAUCGCCCUGGUGGCCCUGGAGCCCACCGUGGCAUCUAAGUGUCCAUCUUGAGUUCCCCGGAAAGGCUUCUCUGCAGGAAGCGGUUCUUCCCUGCUGUCCUGCCUCUGGUCGCUGUCUUCUGCUUCCCGGCUGCGAGGAGCUCUGUGGACGGAAGGCAGCAGGGCUGGCUUCUGCUUGGGCUGGGGCAGCAGGGCCUCUCAGGCCAGGGCAAUUUUGUGAAGGCGUUUAAUUUCGAGUCGGUCUUUUUUGGGUGUAUUUUGUAAAGAGCUCCAUCUCUUUGAACUACUUCGUAUGUGACAAAGUAAGUCGUCCUCGGGCUCACGAGCCGGGCUGUGGCUUUUCACGAGUGAGCCUGGGCCGGCAUUUCGUCCUCUGACCGUCGUGGCCCUUCGUUCUGGCUGCGACUUCGGCCUCCGUGCUCGGGUGUUGAGUCAGGCAGCCGCUCGGUUGUGGCCGAAGGCCGCGGUCGGGAAGGUGGAGAGCUGUACAGAGCUCCCUGCUGUAAAGGAUGGCAGACCCUCCAUCCUGGGACCACCUGCCCGGGGCAGCGGGCAUCCUGACUGUCCACUGGGCUUCUGACAGUGGCUUCGGCCCCCAUUCCGUCCCGUUCCAUCCCGUCCCAACUGCCCAGGGCCGGGGGCUGCGGCCUGGACCGGCGACGAGCCGAGGAAGGAAGACUCGCUGCCUGCGUUCUGCCGUGUUCGUCUGCCUGGGUCUCGCUGAGGAAGGAGGGGUCCCCACCUCCUCACCUCCGCGCAUCCCUUCCGUGACUCAGAGUCUCAGAAGGAAGCCCCGGCUCCUGGGGCCAUUUCCUCACGGUACUGUAAGCCAAGCAGCUCCGCAGCUGCCUCUGUCUCCCAGCCCACCCUUUUCCCCUGAGCUCGGGGUAGGGAUGGGCACUUUCCUCUUCGGUUGUGUCCGAAAGGAAGGAACAUCUCUCUCUGGCCGACAAAAACUGAAGGGGAAAUGAGGUAACAGGAAGAGAUGGCGGGGGCUGGGGUAGAGUCCCCUGGGCCAAGGGCUGGUCACAGCUGGCUCAUGAUGCUGAACUUGAAAGCUUUUUUUUUUUAUCCCCUCCCAGAUGAUAUAGGUACGUGAAAUUUAGGUUAAAGCGGUGGGAUGGGGCACUCUUUAUUUUUUUUAUUUUUGUAUUGUGUGGGCUAAGAAUUACUCAGUAGUUCAUCUUUUGCUUUUUGCACUGUUUGUUCCCUUGCCUGUAUUUUGAGCUCGUGCUAGGACCGAGAGCCUGCGCUGUAGGGGGUCUGUUGGAGUUCGGGGGUGCGGAGCGGGGGCAGUUAGGGGUGGGGGAGCAGCGGCCUGGGCUCUUCCCCUGGAUCUGCGCUCUGCCCCAGGCUGCUUAGGUCCCCUGAGACCAGCUGGCCAGAGCUAAGAGCAGAUGGCCAGGGUGGAGCUCCUUUUGCCAGAAGCGUAGCUUCCGUUGUUCUGGGUGGACCAUGCAAAGGUGUCUGCUGAAGAUGGCCAGAGGGUCUGCAGUGUCGCUCUGAUUUGGGCCAGGGGCCAGCCGGCCUCUAAUGGGACUUUUUUGGGGCUUCUCUCAUGCUGAAACAUUGUACCAGGAAACAGUCUGUGGGUCCCAUGUCCCCUAAGGAGAUCCAUUCUUGGAGAAAUUCCCACUAUUGAGGAGAAGCUGCUCAGUGGAGACACUGAGGUCUGGGGACUUGAAAGACGGUCAUCUUCAGUGUCGGUGGUGUCAGACUCCCGGGAGGCCCGCCGGGCCUCCUGUGGUUCGGGAGUGUGGUCUCAUUCUCUCGUUCCCGCUGUUUGCCUAGGGGCCGCCGGCCUGCAAUCUGGGAGCACACAAGAAGUCACUUAGGCUUUUAGGAGAGAGGGCGAAGUUUGCGUUACGGUUACCUUCCUCUUUCUGUGCCUGGGAACUGUGUAAUCCAGUUUCAGAAUUGUGAUUCGACUAUCUUUUUGAAGAAGCUUCCGUUUUAAGGAAUUUCUCUUCCUUCUUACCCUGCCUCUCUACCCGCGCUCGGGAAGGCCUGGCCACGGCUCCUAGAACCUCAGCGGAAAGUCCGAAAACGGCAGCGGUAUGCUCCCUCCCGCAGCACUUACACACCCUUCCCUACAAAACGGCCCACUUGAGAAGCCCAGGGAAGGAGUCAGCGGGCUCUCUGCCCUCCCUGGGGGUCAGGGAAGGACCCCCCCGGGUCAGCACAGUGCCUUUUCCUCGCCUGCUCUGCGCCAGGGUGGGCAUUCCCUCCGAUUCAGGUCUGGGCAGUGGUCUUUCAGUCCCUGCCCUGGGGCUGCUUCCCCCCUCCCUUCUUCCCCUUGCCCUUGGCUGGCCAGCUCUGACCUAAUUCAAGUGUCUUCUUGCCCCGAGGAGCCUUAAUGGCAUCAAGUGGCACCAUGUAAUACUGUCCUCCAUGCCUCUCCGGACGGACUGAGGAGAGCAGGGGAGCUUUCCGCAGUGAGAGGCUAAAAGAUGCUUCUGUUUGAAAGAAGGGCGGAGGGAGAGGCCUUGGGCCGUCCUCCGCUGUGGCUCCCGGGGCAGAGGCCGGGGCCAAGCAGAACCGGGAACACCUAGGGUCUGUUCAGAGCUCUCUCUUCUAUGGGAAGAUAGAAUUAGGGAUCAAAGAGCUCUAAGGAAAUUGCAAAGAAGCCUUACUGUUCGAGCUUCAGAGCGCUCAGCGUAGUUUUUCCCUUUCAGUCUGAGCUGCGGCUCUUUCUGCAGCGAGGCCGCUCCUGGAGCAAGAGGGCUAGGCUUCCUCAUUUUGUUACGAGACGAGAUUGGCACCGGCGGGUCAGCUGCCUAGCGAGGGCGGGUUUCCUCUCUGUGCAUGGGUGGCUUGCUGCCGAUCUGGUUUGUCCCUCCCCAGCGGCCUUCUGGCCAGCCUACUUUGGGUUGCCACAUCUUUUUGAUAAGAACAGAUGAUUUGAGGACUGGCUGGGUUGGCAGAAAAAGAGCAGGAUAGAUCUCUUGGGAUGGGCCCCCCCCGCCCAGGAGUACAAAAGCAAGGAGCCAGGAUCGUGCUGGCAGCCGGGCAGACAGCGGUGCCUGGCAGAGUUGGCAGAGAGGGCCUUGGCACCGCUCGCAUCCAGGCAGUCUCGUGAGGGGGGCACGCAGCGCCAGGCAGAGCAGAACUCCGUUCUCACCUCUAUUUUGAGCUUCGGCGCUUUCCUUCAGCACGAGAAGAAACAAUAACAAACUGAAGUGCGCGCUCGUCUUUGCAAAGGACAACUGUCGGGAAAGCAGGGCCGAGUCGCCGGCGGGAGGGGAGCGCUGGCAGGGAGAGGCGGCUCGGUGAAACCAGGAAUGAGACAUCCUGGACUCCUCUGCCCUGGCCUGUCGGAAUCCAGGGAAUGAAAAGAAAUUUGACCCUGGGUUAGCUUCCUCCUUGGGUUUUUCUUCCGCCGAGUUCUCCCAUGUCGGGGCCGGCUGCCCGUUCUGAGCUCAGAGCAGCCGCUCCAGCCUUCCACCUGGCUUGUCUGCGAGCCCAGCCCGCCCCUCCUGACUGGUCCCGGCUGCUCUGCUCUGUACACCAUGUGCUGGAGAGUAGUGUCGAGUUCUUAGCAGCCCUUCGUAGUUCCUACUCUAGAUCCCUGUCCUCUCCCCGCGGAGGCGAAACCAAGUCUGUGGCCACGACGCGCACUUACAGCGGCACAGUGGGACGGACCGAGGGGCUUUGACCCUGGCUGGCCCGGGAGAGCAGCAGGGGUGGAUAGAGCUGUCUUUCCUUCUGGGCUGUGUCCACCUGUCCCUGCCCCUUCCGUGCCCCACCCUACUCCCACCAAAAAGAAAAAAAAUCAGGAUGUUUUUCACUGUCCAUUGCUUUGUGUUUUAAUAAACAAUUUGCAGUGACA